AGGAUUCAAAUAGACUACACUUUUUGAUGGCAACCUAGUAUCAGUUUACAAUUGGCCUGCUGAAGAUGGGCCUCUUACAAAUAUUGCUGUUCCUAUCAGCAGGGGCAUCUAUCGCUCUGUCUGCUGCAAGAUUCCCGGUUAUCCAAGAUCUCCCAAUUCAAGAAAGCAUCGCUGCGAGGUUCCAAGACAUCGACCCGAGUUUCCGUCUACCGAAAAGCACCGUCCCCACACACUACGCUGUCCACCUGAAGACUACAGUGCACGAUGCCGACACAGCAUUCCACGGCAGCGUUGACAUCCAUCUGGACGUCGUGGAACCAACCGACAAGAUCACACUUCACAGUCGCGAUCUGGAAAUCAAUUCGGCAGCUCUGACCCAUGUCCAAGACACGGGCCUCAUCCAGCUUUACGAACCCACGAGCACCUACGACGAUCGAAACGAACAACUGACCUUCCACUUUUCGUCCACGCUCGAAACCGGAAGCUACGUGCUGUCGAUCACCUUCAACGGCUUCCUGCUACGGUACGAUCGCAUGGGCUUCCUGAGGAAGUCCUACCGUGACAAUGCCGGCAUUACACGAUACCUCGCUGUGACUCACUUCGAACCUACGGGAGCUCGCAUGGCGUUCCCGUGCUACGACGAACCCACUUCGAGGGCGACCUUCACCGUAUCGAUCAACCACCACAAGAGCUACAACGCCAUAGCCAACAUGCCUCAGGAUGGCCCGGUUAUCGAAGACUGGGAAGAUCCGAACUAUGUGACCACCAUUUUCGCCAAAACUCCCAAAAUGUCAACCUACUUGUUGGCAUUUGUCGUUUCGGACUUCCAAACAUUAUCGGCAGGUCAACAGCUGAUUCAUGCCAGACCGAACGCGAUCCAAGAUGCGGAGUUCUCUCUGAACGCUGGGGUCAAAAUUUUGCAAAAGUUGCGUGAGUACACCGGUGUUGCCUACUACGACUAUCUGCCGAAGAUCGCCCAAAUUGCCGUUCCCGAUUGGUUCAGUGGCGCAAUGGAAAAUUGGGGGCUGGUAACGUAUAGUGAAUCGGGACUGCUGUAUAACGCGGACGUCAACACCUAUCGCGUCAAGGUCAGUGCCAUUACGACCAUCGCUCACGAAUACACUCAUCAAUGGUUCGGCGAUUUGGUCUCUGUCGAUUGGGGUCACCUUUGGAUGAAGGAAGGUUUUGCCACCCUGUACGGUUACUAUAUCGCCCGGUCGACGUAUUCCGACGAUCUGUACAUGGAUCUGUUUCAGCUGAAUGGCGUUCAUCAGGCCUUGGCGCAAGAUUCCAGCGUUUCGACGAGACCCAUGAAUUGGUAUGCCAAUACGGCGGCUGAAAUUUACGGACUAUUCGAUACCGUAGCUUAUCAGAAAGCGGGUAGCGUUCUGAACAUGUUCCGCGUUGUUUUCGGCGAUGAAAACUGGCAACGAGGCUUGAACGCGUAUCUACAGAAGCACGCACUGAGUUCCGCAACCCCUGAAGACCUAUACGCUGCAGUUGCCAGUGCUGUCGAUCCCCCAGAGGCGAUGACUGUCGAACAGAUCAUGGAAAGCUGGACCGAAGCAGCUGGAUAUCCAGUGCUCAAUGUUCGACGAGACUACAACAAAAAUACGGUGCUCAUUUCUCAGGAACGCUUUUUGUCCAAUUCGAGGGAACCUUCGGAUCACGUUUGGUACAUUCCCUAUAAUUUUGCCGAUCAGAAGCGCCAAGACUUCACGUUGGAUACCUUCAAUUGGAUAACCAAGAAAGCAGAUGAGUUUGAAGUUGACAUCGAAUCCGAUCAAUGGGUGAUCUUCAACCGGCAACAGUUCGGUUUGUACCGAGUCAACUACGACUCUCAAAACUGGGAGAUGCUCGUUCAGGCCAUGAUUCAGAAUCCGAACAGCAUCCACCGCAUCAACAGAGCUCAACUGAUCGAUGAUGCCUUCAAUCUUGCACGUGCAGAUCUACUCGACUUCAGCGUUGUCCUACGCCUACUGACAGCUCUCACCCAAGAACAAGCCUAUCUACCGUGGGCUGCAGCUGACAAAGUGCUGUCCUACCUGAACACCAAACUACGCGGAACUGUUCAUCAACAGCAGUUCGAACGAUACGUUGAAUCACUGAUCACCACCGCAUACCACACCCUCAAAACGGAUUCAGUUGCAGCGGACGAGACCCUGGAAGACAAAUACUUCAAACAGCUCAUCUCCACGUGGGCCUGCCGAAUCGAUCACGCCGACUGCCGGCAGAAAGCUCGAGCCACCUUCGAGGCGGAAGUCUACGCCAGUUCCAAGGUAGCACCUGACAUUCAAACGGUGUCGUACUGCUACGGAGUUCAACGCGCCACAGACGAUGAAUUCCUAUGGCUCUACCGGCGGAUGUUCAGCUCCAAGAACGAAGCCGAACGUAGUCUGAUCAUCAACGCGCUGGGUUGUGUGGAGAGCAGCGAACAGCUGAAGGCUUUCCUGACGUCCUCGAUUGGUGCCGGCGUUGGCGUUGAGGUCAACUACAGCGACAGGGAACGCACGCAAGUCCUUCAGGCGGUGUAUUCCGCCGGAAGGGCCGGCGUGGAUGCUCUGAUCGAGUUUCUGAACAACUGGGACAUGGCGGACGAUUUGAUCUACUGGUUGGAACAGCCGGCCUUCAACAGUGCCAUUGCGAACAUUGCAUCGAGGACGAAUUCGGCGGAGGAGUUGGACCGGUUGAACGAGUUGUUGAAGACGGUCGGAACGUUGGCUCCGGCGGGUGUGGUCAACGCUGCGCUGGCUACCGUCAAGGCCAAUAUGGACUGGUACGAUAGCCUGGAAGGGCUGGUAGUAGCGGAGUUUUUCGAGCAGUAUGUCUAAUCUAUAGAUAGGUUAGUAAAUCCAGCUCUGUAGCAUAACGAAUGUUAUUAGUCAAGACGAAUGUUACGUAGACUUAUCGGUUAUCGAAUUUCUUAACAAUCAAGAAUACAUUUAGUUCAAAAAUAUAGCAAAAGCUAAUUUAA